UACAGAAGCUCCCUGUGCCCAUGGGGCCUUCUCAGCCUGUCCGUGCGCCUCGGCCCCGGGGCCUAAGAUCCCCCUGCCGCAGGCCAGGGCUGGGCUGGCGUGGGCCUCGAAAUCCCAGGAUGUUCAAGUGUAGCCGCAGAAGGUACCGGCAGAAGCCCCAAGGCCCAGCUGCCACCACUGCAGCCACCAAUCCUGCCACCGUGGCCACAGAUAUCAACAGCACUCCUACCGCCACCACCAGCGUGUGGAUCCUUCCGCCACAAAUUCUCAGACACCUUUGUCAACCUGGCAGCUUUCUGAUCUUCUAGAAAUGUCCAGAAACUAGUCCAGAAGCUUGGCUGGCUCCGGACCUGCAUCUUCUAGGGGCCAUGAGUGGUUGACAGCAGGCAAAUACAAUCAUUUCUGCUC